AUGGCCGAACACCCACUUCCGAAACGCAUCGAUGUGCAUUCACACUUUCUCCCGCCCUUCUACCGUACUGCAUUAUCCAAACACGGGCACUCGCACCCAGACGGUAUGCCCGGCAUCCCCGAAUGGUCCAUAGAACGCCAUCUAGAUAUGAUGUCAACCGCCAACGUCUCGAAAUCUAUUCUAUCCAUCUCAUCUCCCGGAACACAUAUCACACCCGGAAACGACGCACUAGGAAUAUCUCUAACGCGCGAAUGUAAUGCCUACGCCGCCAACCUCAAGAAACAGCAUCCCGAGAAAUUCGGCGUGUGGGCUGCGCUACCGCUACCAGAUGUUGACGCGAGUUUGGCAGAGAUUGAAAAGUGUGUUGAAGAAGGGGCUGAUGGUUUUGGUCUUUUGACGAAUUAUCAUGGCAACUAUAUUGGGUCUGCAGCGCUGGAUCGCGUGUUUGAUCGAUUGAAUGAGAUUGGUGCGACUGUAUUUAUUCACCCGACAAAGCCCUGCAUCAAGCUGGGGAAUGCGACGUCUUCAGCGGAAACGAUAGAUGCAAUACCCCUCGGCGACCAUUACCCCAUUCCGAUCUUCGAGUUCUUCUUCGACACUGCACGCGCUGUCAUGAAUCUGUUUAGCUCUGGGACCGUGGAUCGCUGCCCCAAUGUCAAGUUCAUCAUUCCGCAUUCUGGAGGCGCUUUACCUCCGCUCAUGACGCGCUUCAUUCGGUUCUCGAGCGUGGUCCCUGGAGGUCGUGUGUUGAAUGCUUCGACAGUCCGACAGCAGCUGGAAGAUCAGUUCUACUUCGACCUCGCGGGUUUCGUGUUCGAUGGCGAAAGCGGCGACAGGGGACAACUGAAGGCAUUUGUGGAGGGGUUCGAGAUUUCUCAUGAGAGGCUGUUGUAUGGGAGCGACUUUCCGUUUACCCAGACGCCAUGGGGACACUAG